AUGUACUGGACACUUUUGACUAUAACUUUUCUCUCGCUACUAUCGAUCACAGCUACAAUUGUCAUCAAUCUUUACGUGCUAUUUGCGGUGUUCGUGUAAGUUUAUCGCUUCCUUUCAAACACAUGUUUUUGACAAAGUUUCAGCUCCAAACAACUGAAAUUUUCCGCUGAUCUAACACUAUUCUAUGCCAGAUUCGCAAUCGACGUACUUUUCUGUUUUGGCAGUACGUUCCUUUGACGUUUUUUUUUAAAUUAGGAAACUGUUUCCAGAUUUGCCAGAUUUCGGGCCGGCCAUGCGGGCCGGGUCGGUGAAGUGCCGGCCCGGCCCGGCCCGGUCGGCCCGGUUCAAAAGGCGGGAAUUCAAAUUUUUGCGAAUUUUUCGUUAUUACAAAAAAAAUUGUCGAACUAAAGUUUGUGUUUCUUCUUUGUUUUUUUGCUAUUAUGAAUUUUUUAUGAGAAAUACAUUUGUUUUUCAAUGUUCGAUGCUUGCAAAAAACCCCUAUUUCUACAAAAAAUGGCUUCAUGCGAUCAAUAAUUCAAAUUUUGAAUUCCCGCUUUUUGAACCGGGCCGACCUGGCCGGGCCGGAGUUUUGGAAAUUUCGGCCCGGCCCGUGACAACUAUGACUGUUUCAGCCGGUGCCAACCUCGUUUUCGUCAUGUUUUACUAUUCCGGCUUUGAGGAAGUCCAGGAAGUGCUGGACCCGUACCGUGCCGUCACUUUUUACAUCAUUUGGCCGUCUAUAAACUUUAUUUCAAUCCGAUCCCUUCUGGCUUUCAUUAUCACUUGUGACCGGACUUUGGCCGUUUACAUCCCCAUCAAACAUCACGUUUACCGAAGAAAAGUCUCGAAUUCCGUUAUUAUAAUAGUCACCGUUUUCGGGUAUUGUGCAAUCGAUAACUGUAUUCUUUGGAUAUUGUGCGAGUUCGAACUCAUCAUGCCGCCCGGAUGUCUCACUUUCUUCUGCAUGAUUAAUGCGUGCUACCGCAACUAUUGGCUAUCUUUUGAUCGGGUACGUGACUGGGUAUUUUCAUUCAAUCUAACUGAAAACUGUUCAGGUCGUGUUCUCGUUCAUCGGAUUCACCUCAACCCUAUUGGUCAUCAAACUUUUCGUCUGGAACAAUUGUUCAAAGUCAAAAAAGAAUCGGGAAUUAUCAAGGGUAACGGGUUUUUCUGUUAAAUUCUUGUUUGAAUGAGUUCUGUUCUCCCCAAAACGUUCGGUACAUCCCGAGUUACACCGCUCUAAAGCUGCCCCCCAAGUUCUCAAAAAAAGGAUAAUUUCAGGCGAAUCGUCUCGCGCUCAUCGACACCUUCAUGAUAAUCGUGUUCGACCUGAUUCCGUCGGCCAUCCUGGCCCGAUUUGUGGCGGCGAACACUCGGGAUCUCGGAACUUUGGGUGUUCUCACAAAGUUUACCGGAUUUGCGAUCGAAGCAUUCUUGGUCGUUGCUGCACUGAAACGGAGAGAAGGCGUGGAUACGGAGAAGAGCAGCAGAGUGUCGAUUAAAGUGAGAAUGACCGUGAAGUUGUAA